AUGGACGACCACGCCAAAUACGUGGCGACAGGCAUUGCCUUGGUCUUCCUCGGCUGCUGCUCCAACGUAAUUACCUUUGAGUAUCUCAUGCGCGAAGUGCCUACAUGCGGCAAUCUGCUGACCGUGGCCCAGUUUACCUUUAUUGCCGCAGAAGGGGCCCUUGUGCACACGCGCUGGCCUGGAUCCGCGGCUGCAGACGGCCCGGGCAUGGCCUAUGUCCCGUGGCUCAAGGCCAAUGCCAUUCCGCUGCGGGCGUACCUGCUGAUGGUCGUCCUCUUCUUCGCCAUGUCGGUCAUCAACAAUCUCGCGACCGGCUUUGACAUUUCAGUCCCGCUCCACAUGAUCUUCCGUUCUGGCUCGCUCAUCGCCUCCAUGACGCUCGGCUACAUCAUCCUGGGCAAACGGUACUCGCUGCAGCAGGUCGCAGGUGUCCUGCUCGUCUCCGGCGGCAUUUUUACCGUCACCUACGCCACAGCCCUCUCCAAGAACGGUGGCAAGCCGAGCGAGGGAAAGCCUAUCGACUUUGCCACCUGGCUCAUCGGUAUUGGCAUGCUCUCGCUCGCCAUCCUCCUCUCCGCACUCCUCGGCUUGCUCCAGGAGAAGACAUACGCUGUCUAUGGCCGAUCCCACACCCGCGAGACCAUGUUCCUCACCCAUGCGCUCUCGCUACCCGGCUUUGCGCUUGUUGCCCGCGACAUUGCCGCCCACGCUGCCAUUUUCUCGGCCUCGGCCCCGUUCGAUGCUCUCCCCGGCGUCCCGGCCCUUUGGGCCGCCCUCGCGGCCAACAUCCUCUUGCAAUACGUCUGCAUUCGCGGUGUCUAUCUCGUUGUCGGCUACUCGACCGCCCUCACCACCACCCUUGUCAUCACCCUCCGCAAGUUUGCAUCGCUCCUUAUCUCCAUCUGGCUCUUCUCCAACCCCUUCACCUUUGUCCACUGGGCCGGAACCCUCGCCCUCUUCACAGGCUCGCUCCUCUACUCGCUCGCCCCGCGCCAGGCAUCUCCGCCGCCGUCGCAUGAACCCAAGAGCAAAGACGAGUAACACCACGUAGCUCCC